AUGGGGGUACCUUUAUUUGGGGAUAGCAAGCCCCUAUAUUUCCGGAUCUGGAAUGGACUAAGUCAGAAGCUGCAAGGCAAAAAAUCCUGGGAUAAACAUCUGGAUGAAAUCUGCUUACUCCAGCAGAAAAGGAUCUGGGAAUCCCCGCUCCUCCAAGCUGCCAAAGAGAACGACCUCUCAGCCAUUAGGAAACUUCUCACUGAUGGAACAUGUGAUAUCUAUCAGAGAGGUGCAGUGGGGGAAACUGCCCUUCAUGUAGCUGCCUUGUAUGAUAAUGUGGAGGCUGCAGUGACUCUGAUGGAAGCAGCUCCUGAGCUUGUCAAUGAGAGGAUGACAUCAGAGCUCUAUGAAGGGCAGACAGCUCUCCACAUUGCAGCAGUGAACCAGAACAUCACUUUGGUGAAGGCCUUACUCAAGAGAGGGGCCAAUGCCUGCACACCACAGGCCACUGGGCACUUCUUCAAACGCAGCUCCCAGAAUCUUCUCUAUUUUGGAGAGCAUGUUUUGUCAUUUGCUGCCUGUAUGGGAAAUGAGGAAAUUGUACAGUUGCUCAUUGAAAAUGGAGCUGACAUUAGAGCUCAAGAUUAUCUGGGUAACACUGUUCUUCACAUCCUGGUUCUCCAACCUAAUAAGACAUUUGCCUGCCACAUGUACAGCCUGAUACUUUCCUAUGACAGGAACAAAGAGGGACCAGGAUCACUUGAAUUGAUUGCUAACAAUGAGGGGCUUACUCCGUUCAAAUUGGCUGGAGUUGAGGGCAACACUGUGAUGUUUCAAUACCUUAUGCAGAAGAGGAAACACAAUCUCUGGUCCUUUGGCCCCUUGACCACUGUGCUCUAUGAUCUCACAGAGAUUGACUCCUGGGCUGAAGAUCAGUCCUUCCUUGAGCUCAUUGUCUCAACCAAGAAGAGAGAGGCACGCCAGAUCUUGGACCUAACACCUGUGAAGGAGCUGGUGAGCCUGAAGUGGAAUAUGUAUGGUCGUCCCUAUUUCUGUUUCCUGGCUUUAUUCUAUAUACUCUACAUGGUCUGCUUCACUAUGUGCUGCGUCUACCGACCACUGAAACCCCGAACAGGCAACAAAACAAGCAGCAGAGACAAUACAAUCUAUGUCCAGAAAAUGCUGCAGGAAUCAUAUAUGACAUAUGAGGAUGAGCUGAGGCUGGUGGGGGAGCUGAUUACAGUCAUUGGAGCUGUAGUAAUUUUGAUCCUUGAGAUUCCAGAUAUCCUUAGAGUUGGAGCAGCAAAAUACUUCGGCCAAACCAUCCUAGGAGGGCCUUUCCACAUAAUUGUCAUCACAUAUGCUUGCAUGAUUCUAGUAACCAUGGUGAUGCGUCUCACCAGCACAACUGGUGAGGUGGUGCCCAUGUCCUUUGCCCUAGUGCUAGGAUGGUGCAAUGUCAUGUACUUCGCACGAGGCUUCCAGAUGCUCGGACCAUUUACCAUCAUGAUCCAGAAGAUGAUAUUUGGAGACCUUAUGCGCUUUUGCUGGCUCAUGGCUGUGGUGAUACUAGGCUUUGCUUCAGCUUUUUACAUCAUCUUCCAGACAGAGAACCCUGAAAACCUUGGCCAAUUCUACAACUAUCCCAUGUCCUUGUUCACCACCUUUGAGCUGUUCCUCACUAUCAUUGAUGGCCCUGCAAACUAUGAUGUGGACCUGCCCUUUAUGUACAGUGUGGUAUACUUUGCCUUUGCCAUCAUUGCCACCCUCCUUAUGCUCAACUUGUUAAUUGCCAUGAUGGGUGACACACACUGGAGAGUGGCUCAUGAGCGGGAUGAGCUCUGGAGAGCCCAGGUUGUCGCUACUACUGUCAUGCUGGAACGGAAACUGCCACGAUGUCUCUGGCCUCGCUCUGGAAUAUGUGGGCGGGAGUAUGGGCUAGGGGAUCGAUGGUAUCUCAGAGUUGAAGACAGGGUUGAUCCGAACAAACAGAAGAUGAUGAGGUACACAGAAGCAUUUAAGGCGCAGGGCAGGGAUAACUAUGAGAAAGGUUUGGAAAAGCUGGAAAUCAAUAGGGACAUCCUGUACAAGAAAGAACUGUCUGCUCUGUCAUUGUCACGGAGCACAUCCAGGACUAGUUCUCACCGUGGCUGGGAGAUCCUGAGGCGCAACACUUUCCACCAGCUUCGUGGAGAUGUUGGUCAUGCCACGGAAGAGGAGGUCUAUGAUGUCUAA